UCGUCAGCCGUCGCGUGCACUGCCAAAAGAAAAGCUGUCGCAGCGGUCGCUUGUUGGGGCCCCACUCGGGGAAAACAAAAGCACGGCACCAUGGAAGCGACUCCGUGCGCCUCGUGUAAAAAGAAGCGAUACCAUCGGAUCACGAGGAAAUGAGUGGUAAUCGAUGGUGCCUAAGCAUUGUUCCUUCGGCUGGUAAGCGGCUUUUACAUUGCGAAGACGUACACCUGGCUGUGCUGAACGCCCUGCCAUCCGGACCAUGGGGCCCCUCAAGGCGGACCCUGUUUACGGAUUGGACGGUCGCUGGAGUUGGAUCACGGCAGCGCUUUGCAGCUGGGUGCUUUUCCUCGCCAUGUCCGGCCUGUGCUCUUCUGGUGUCCUCUACUACGGCAUCAUCGACACGUUCGGAACCACGCGCGAAGAGGCGUCCUGGCCGGUCACGCUACCCGACUCCCUGCUCAACUUAGCCGGCGCCUUGAUGGGUCUUUUCUGCCGAUGGCUCUCCUGUAGAACAGUGCUCCUGGUUUGCUGCCUCUUGACUGGGUUUGGGAUCAGCAUCUGUUUCUUUGCUCGAGGAAUCCUCUUCCUUAGUAUCAUGUUUGGAGCUUUACAUGGGUUAUCCUUGGCCGGAAUCUUCGUUAGUAUCAACGCCAUUUUGGCCCAACACUUCGACAAGCGCAGGAACACCGCGUUCAGCCUGCUCAUGGCCGUCACUGGCCUCAAUGGUUUCCUUAUUCCUCCGCUGGUCCAAUUCUUCUACUCCACGUACGGCUCGCGAGGGGCAUUUCUUCUCUUAGGUGCAGUUCUCUUCAAUGCAUUUCCAGCAGCCAUUCCCAUCAAGAGUCCAGCGUGGGUGACUCGUACCAAAACAUUCCAUUUCAGUUUUCGUAAUGUAACUUUCCGUCGACGGAGUAAAGUCAUGCCUGUCACAAAGAGAUUCUCUCUUUCGGACGACAAAACAAAGAGAACGGAGUACCGCUUCGGUCCUGCAGACGAAGCACACAAUUCAGACGGUUUGGUUACCCUUAGAGAAGAGGAUGACACGAGUAAAAACUUAGUUUUCAAAAGCGUAAAUCAUACUAUAGUGGACAAAAUGCCUAAGCUAGGGAUGAAAAAGUUCAGCAUCUCCAGUUGGAAAACCAUCGCUACACAUUUUUUGACAUUGUCCUUCUGUAUCGACUCAAUCUCGAUUACAGCGCUGAUUGUUUCCAUUACGACCUUUAUACUUGUGUCCAUAGAUCUGGCUACUGACAGAGGAGUGACAGCAUCCAAAGUUCUCUACAUUCAGUACGUCUUCUCUGCUGCAGAUAUCACGUUUAGGGCGCUCGUGGGCUUCAUCGUUGACCGCAAUAUCUUGUCCCUACAAGCCGUCAUGCUGAUCGGUUUUCUUAUUCAGGCCAUUGCAUUCGAAAUCCUGGUCUGGGUGUUUGCCUUGCCCUCCAUGAUGAUGUGCUCGGUGCUUAUUGGAAUGAGCAGUGGCUUCCGGAUGCCCCUUCAAGCACCAAUUCUCAUCGAAGACUUUGGCGUUGAUCUGCUGCCGGUCAUGAUGGGAGGAGCCAAUUUCUUUCUCGGACUCGUGAAUGUGGCGCGGCCGACGCUGAUUGGUUACUGCAGGGACAAGCUGGGAAAGUACGACAUGCUUCUCCAUAUUCUCGCCGCCGUCAACUUUGUGGUUGCGUGUAUGUGGACAUUGAGGCUUCUGGUGCGACGACAAAGACAAACCAAGGAAGUAGAUACAGCGCUUCAUGAACGAGCAAAUCGAACCGCGGGCGAACAAUUUCCGACAGAAAACUCACAUCAUGCUACAACAUACAUAUCUUGAUCUUCUGUAAAAAAAAAGAAAAUAAUUCGAAAGAAUUGCUAUUGAAGGCAACGAAGCCUUUCAUGACAUCGGACAUUCAAAGCCUACGAUAGAUUUUCCAAUGAAGCAUCUUAUUCAAGAGAAACUGAAAGAAAACUCUACAAAGGGACGCGUGAGUGUGUGUGACGCCAUCUUCAAGCGACAGUCUGCAAUGCUAGUCUGGCAGUGUAUUUUCUCGAACGGGCUUAGAUACGACGCCGUUUCAAACAAGCCAGCCCAGUUCCCAACUUUCUGUCGUCCUCAGAAAUCCAAGACGUCAGAAUGCCCAAGAGUAAGCGACGGAUUAUGCGUUUCUACUGUAUGCUCAUGUUGUUCAUGAUUUUUAUAGGUGUUAAUAAAAUCAGGUGAGACACCUGUUUA